GAGACAGGUCAGAUAUCCUUUCGUGUAGUGUUGCCUCACAAGUCAGAUUCUAAACGGCAACCAUGAUGAAGCUGGCGUUCUUGGCAACCCUCGCAACGUCCCUGGCGCUGGCGUACGGCAAUGAUGGUUCAAUGGUCGCAGGCUCUAACGAAGAGCGAAACUUAGCCGCGAUGACUUGCACAACCAAGAAUUUGGACUUUAGCGAGUUUGCCACCGGCACAUACUUGAGUAACUUGGAGGCUGACUAUGGGGUGACUAUCACUGCCGUUUCCCGUACAAGCAAGGGCUACACACCCAACGGAGCCGCCCGUGUUUUCGACACGUCAAAGCCCACCGGUAAGACGGGACAGUCAAUGUGCGGAAGAAACGACGGGGAUUCAGAUCUCGGAUCACCCAACUCCGCUUGUCCCGGAGGUGGACCAGGUCAUGGACCUGGAGGUGCACCAAAACUCGCCAACGGACAGAACAAUCCUUAUAAGAACUGCUCGCCCCAAGGCAAAGUACUCAUCAUUCAAGAACGGAACAAAAACUGUCCCGACGACAGUGCGGACGGCGGUACCAUCCGCUUCGACUUCUCCAAAACAGUGGACCUCGAGUCCGUGACGUCCUUGGAUAUCGACGAAGGUAACAACACUCCGGAGAUCACCGUCUCGUACGGCAACGGCCAGGAGGCUUUUUAUAAGCUGCAGGCUACGGGCGACAACGGUGUUUUCACGCAAAUGAUCAACAAGAGUGACGUCAAGUGGUUCCAGAUCAAGUUCUACGGCUCAGGAUCCGUAUCAGGCUUCAAGUGGGAUGAGUGUGUCACAGCCCCAACGAAAGCCCCCACGAAAAGCCCAACAAAGGCUCCGAUACCGGCCCAAACCAGAGAUGAUACUUGUCCAAUAAAGAACUUGGACUUUAGUGAAUUUGCCACCGGAACCUACUUGAGUAACUUGGAGGCUGACUAUGGGGUGACUAUCACUGCCGUUUCCCGUACAAGCAAGGGCUACACACCCAACGGAGCCGCCCGUGUUUUCGACACGUCAAAGCCCACCGGUGCAACGGGGCAAUCAAUGUGCUCCUCUGGUGACGGUGACUCUGAUCUCGGAUCACCCAACUCCGCUUGUCCCGGAGGUGGACCAGGUCACGGACCUGGAGGUGCGCCAAAACUCUCAAACGGUCAAAACAAUCCUUACAAGAACUGCUCGCCCCAAGGCAAAGUACUCAUCAUUCAAGAAGGCAACAAAAAUUGUCCCGACGACAGUGCGGACGGUGGUACUAUCCGCUUCGACUUCUCCAAAACAGUGGACCUCGAGUCCGUGACGUCCUUGGAUAUCGACGAAGGUAACAACACUCCGGAGAUCACCGUCUCUUACGGCAAUGGCGAGCAGGCUUUUUAUAAGUUACAGGCUACGGGCGACAACGGUGUAUUCACCCAAAUGAUUAACAAGAGUGACGUCCAGUGGUUCCAAAUCAAGUUCUACGGCUCUGGAUCCGUAUCAGGCUUCAAAUGGGCCGAAUGUGUCACAGCCCCAACUAAAGCUCCAGUAAAAGCCCCAACCAAAGCUCCGACAAAUGCUCCCACAAAAGCACCUGUUAGAGCUCCAACCAAGGCUCCAACCAAAGCUCCGACCAAGGCUCCAACCAAGGCUCCAACCAAAGCUCCAGUCAAGGCUCCAACGAAAGCUCCAGUCAAAGCUCCGACCAAGCCGCCAGUCACGGCAGCACCAUCCGAGUGCGUGGACGGUAUGGACGUGGUACUUGUCAAUAAGUCCACCGGUCCCGAGAGCACCAUUGAUGGCAAGAGCCCAAUCAAAAUUGUUAGCGGUGACGGCCAGUCCGUCUCUUUUGAGGUGCACCAAUACUGGAAGAGUGGAGCUAGUAGUAUCAGCUGGAUAGCGACUCAGUUCCGUACCAACGAUGGCAACACGGCGUCUGAUGCAUGGGAAUGCGAAAAGAUCGAAGAAGUCUCCUGGGGCAGGGUGAAGGAGUACACUGCUGAGUGUGUUGGAGGAGCAGCAACCGUGACCUUGUGGGUACACGACGGACAGUUCCAAAAUACUCAAAACCUGAACAGCCUGGUCCCUGCAAGGUGCAAUCCUUCAAACGACCAGUUUCGCAAAAAGAUCAUGUAUAAUUACACGUUGCCUUGCUCCUCGAUAUGCGCUCCAUCCCCGACUAAAGCUCCUGUCAAAGCCCCGACCAAGGCGCCAACCGGUACACGAGAUGAAAUAUGUGUCGACGAAGUCCUCGACUUUACUGACUUUACUACAGGCGAGUACGUCCACGACCUGGUACGAGCUCGCGGCGUUACAGUGACAGCAAUUGCAUCCGGAAGCGACGGAUACACGCCCGGCGGUGCGGCUCGCAUUUUCGACACUCGCUACCCUUCCGGCAGCACUGGACAAGCGCUCUGCGCCCAGAACGAAGGUGAAACAACUCUCGGGUCACCCAACCUUUCGUGCCCCGGCGGUGGACCCGGAUCGGGUAACGGAGGCAAAGUCAACACGCCCUUCGCCAACUGCGACGCUCGCGGUAAAGGUCUCAUCAUUCAAGAAGGAAACGUGGCCUGUCCUGAGCACGCUGGACAAGGCGGGCAAAUCGUGUUUGAGUUUGCGGUACCGGUUGAGCUCAACUACAUCGAUUUGCUGGUUAGCACCGAUUCCAGCCCCGUAAUUACGGUGUACUACGGCGUAGACCAAUCCAUGUCGUUUGAUAUGCCGAUGAUGGGUGCCAAUGGCUACCAUCGGCAAGUGAUCGAUCGAUCGCAGGUUUACAAGGUCGAGGUGGGCUUCUGCAGUGGAGGUACCGUUACUGCCAUAGAUUACGUUCGUUGCGAGCCGGAGGGUCCGCCAACGAAAGCUCCAGUGAUAGCUCCAACAAAGGCUCCUGUCAAAGCCCCGACCAAGGCACCCAUUGGUACCCGAGACGAAAUAUGUGUUGACGAAGUCCUCGACUUUACUGACUUUUCUACAGGCGAGUACGUCCAUGACCUGGUACGAUCUCGCGGCGUUACAGUGACAGCAAUUGCAUCCGGUAGCGAUGGCUACACCCCAGGCGGUGCGGCUCGCAUUUUCGACACUCGCUACCCUUCCGGUAGCACUGGACAAGCGCUCUGCGCCCAGAACGAAGGUGAAACAACUCUCGGGUCACCCAACCUUUCGUGCCCCGGCGGUGGACCCGGAUCGGGUAACGGAGGCAAAGUCAACACGCCCUUCGCCAACUGCGAGGCUCGUGGUAAAGGUCUCAUCAUUCAAGAAGGAAACGUGGCCUGUCCUGAGCACGCUGGACAAGGCGGGCAAAUCGUGUUUGAGUUUGCGGUACCAGUUGAGCUCAACUACAUCGAUUUGCUGGUAAGCACCGACUCCAGUCCGGUAAUUACAGUGUACUACGGCGUAGACCAAUCCAUGUCGUUUGAUAUGCCGAUGAUGGGUGCCAAUGGCUACCAUCGGCAAGUGAUCGAUCGAUCGCAGGUGUACAAGGUCGAGGUGGGCUUCUGUAGUGGAGGUACCGUUACUGCCAUAGAUUACGUUCGUUGCGAGCCUGAAGAGGAGUGUCCGCCGAGUAGCGGUUCAGUCAAACCGCUCCCUCCGAUCGAAGUGCAUCUUCCCCCGCCGAACAGCAAGCACAUGGUUUUUGACUUUGUCGUUCUAAAGAAUCAAGAAUCGUGUCCUCCGGAAUGGCUUGGUCGCAGGGAACGUCGCGCUUUGGUAGAUACCCGAGGACGACGUUGAGUCGAUAAUGAAGCAACGUGGUCUUCUCUCAAAAUCGUCCACGACAAACUCUUCAUAUAUUCAUUGCGUUGAACCAUAGGGAAACGAUAAUUACUUGUGGCUCAUUAUUGGAUU